UGUUUAGUAGUCGAAAUCAAAUGUGUCUUUUAAACAUGAGAACCAUAUAAUCAGAUGAAGGGAAAGAAGUAGAGGACCAAAAUCUAUCUCAAAACUAGAACUACAGAAGAGAGGAACUAGAAAUCCAUUUCUGCAGGAUUAAGUAGAGAACAAAAGGAAGAACAGGCAAAGAAGAAAUUAGAUUCUACAGUGAAAUCAAUUGAUGGGUUUCGCAGCUACUAUUGGGAAAUACCAACUUGGAAGAACCAUUGGUGAAGGCACCUUUGCCAAGGUCAAGCUUGCUCUGGACAGAGUUACUAAGCAGCAUGUUGCAGUCAAGAUCAUCGAUAAGCAGAUGGUCUUGGAUAACAAGUUAAUGGAACAGGUAAAAAGAGAGAUUAGUACAAUGAAACUGUUGCAUCACCCCAACAUUGUCCGAAUUUAUGAGGUUACUGCCACCAAGACUAAGAUCUUCAUAAUAAUGGAAUACGUUUCCGGAGGCCAACUCUCAGACAAGUUGUCAUAUCUCAAAAAAUUCGACGAAAAGGAAGCUAGGAAAUACUUCCAGCAAUUGAUCGAUGCUGUGGACUAUUGUCAUAGUAGGGGUGUAUAUCACAGAGAUCUCAAGCCUGAAAACCUGCUAUUGGAUGGACAAGGAAAUUUGAAAGUCUCAGACUUUGGACUCAGUGCAUUGAGAAAGCCUGGUGAUUUGCUAUCGACGGCUUGUGGAUCUCCAUGCUAUGUAGCUCCUGAGGUAAUAGCAAACAAGAAGUACAAUGGAGCAACUGCUGAUAUCUGGUCAUGUGGAGUAAUCUUGUUCGAAUUACUUUCUGGUUAUCUACCCUUUGAUGACCGAAACCUGAUGAACUUGUACCGAAAAAUUUCCAGAGCAGAGUACACAUGUCCAGAGUGGUUUACAGCAACCCAAAGGAAACUACUUUUCAGAAUACUUGAGCCAAUGCCUGAUAGGCGGAUGACAAUAGCAGAGAUUCUAGAAGAUGAGUGGUUCCAAACUGGCUAUGAGCCUUCUGCAGGAAUUGAAUGUGAAAUCAACUUGGAUGAUGUUAAUGCAGCAUUUGAUGGGAUCGGGGGAAAAACCGCCGAGACAGGGCUGCGCAAAUCCUCAAGUUUCAUCAAUGCUUUCCAACUUAUAGCAAUGUCCAGUGACCUUGAUUUGUCAGGUCUAUUCGAAAAGCAGGAUGAAGAUAAACAGAGAACAAGGCUUGGUUCCAAACAUGCAAUCAAUGAGACUAUAGAGAAAAUUGAAGUUGCUGCAAAAGAUGUCAGUCUCUCAGUUGAAAGGAUGAACAUGUCAAAGGUGAAAAUUCAUCAAAAACAGAAGCUCACAAGAAAUUCUAGAUCAUAUUUCAACCUAUCAGCUGAGGUGAUUGAGGUGACACCCUCACAUUGUGUGAUAGAAAUAUCAAAAUCUGCAGGGGAGCUCACAGUGUACAAUGAGUUCUGCAAAAGCUUAUCAAAUCUGCUGAUGGAGAACUCCAAUUUAAAAUCAGAAUCAGAUAGGCCCAGAGCAGUCAUUGUUGAUGGUAAAGAGAAUCAAUGCAGUUCCGAACCGGAAGGGAGCAAAACGGAUGAACAACUUUGUGGUUAUUAUACCUCCUAACAAACCGUUCUCACUUCAGCUAAUUGUGAUUCCGGAUUGUUCAUAGAAAACAAAUAUGUAUAGCGAAUUGCAGAACAACCCACUCUUAAAAUAAGAGAGAGAAAGAGUAUAUUAAGAAUAUGCCCGUUUUUCAACUAGUAGGGCAUCAGCUCUGGCAUUAUUGAACGAAAGAGAUGCCGGGUGGGUCAAUUGCAAUAGAUAAUAGAUGUAGGGCCUGUCUUAACUGCAUUAAAGCAUUCAAAGUUUUUUUUUUGGUGGGGGGAGGUUUGAUUUGUUUUACAUAGCUCUUUGCUUUCUCCAAUAAUGUUCGCAUUUUUUAAUGAAUUUUUUUUGUAAAAUAAAUAUUAUAGAAAAAUCUUAUUGUAAUCAAAGUGGUGAAAUCAGAAGUUGUAACUCCUCUGGGAUUUGAUUUGUUUUA